CGUGGACGGGCCGGCGCGCCCCGAGCUGGCCAUGGCGGCCGCGGUGUCCGGUGUGGUGAGGCGGGUGGAAGAGCUCGGGGACCUGGCUCAGGCCCACAUACAGCACCUUAGCGAAGCCGCGGGGGAAGACGAGGCUGGAUCAGAUGAGACCACACCAACUACUACAUUGUCCACUGGCAAAUGAUCACUUUUUAAUUCGGGCCUCUGCAGCUCUAGAAAAAUUGAAACUCUUGUGUGGAGAAGAGCAAGAAUGUUCAAAUCCGUCAAAUCUUUUGGAACUGUACACACAGGCCAUAUUAGACAUGACAUAUUUUGAGGAGAAUAAGCUAGUAGAUGAAGAUUUUCCUGAAGACUCUUCUCCCCAGAAAGUAAAAGAGCUUCUCAGUUUUCUUUCAGAACCAGAAAUUUUAGUUAAAGAAAACAAUAUGCAUCCCAAGCUGUGCGAUUUGCUUGGGGAUGAGCUACUGGAAUGCCUCUCCUGGAGACGAGGAGCCCUGUUGUACAUGUACUGUCACUCUCUGACUAAGAGAAGGGAGUGGCUCCUGAGAAAGUCUAACUUGCUCCAGAAGUACCUUGUUGAUGGGAUCAAUUACUUGCUGCAGAUGCUAAAUUAUCGAUGCCCUAUCCAGUUAAAUGAAGGUGUUUCUUUCCAAGACCUAGACACAGCUAAAUUACUGAGUACAGGAAUAUUUAGUGAUAUUCAUGUGCUGGCUAUGAUGUACAGCGGAGAAAUGUGCUACUGGGGAUUAAAGCAUUGCACAGAUCUACAGUCAGAAAAUAAUGAAGUUGAUACUGAUGUUUUUGGAGCAAGUUGCACCACACACAAAGAGCCUUUAGAUUUCCGAGAAGUAGGAGAAAAAAUUUUGAAGAAGUAUGUGUCGGUGUGUGAAGGACCUCUGAAGGAGCAGGAGUGGAACACGGCGAAUGCUAAGCAGAUCCUGAGCUUCUUUCAGCAGCGCUGUAGCUAGGUGCUCGUCUGUCCUCACUGCUUGGAGGAAGAUGAGAUGGAAAAGACGGCUUGAGGAGAGGCGGUGUCUACACUGACCCUGAGUACGUACACUACGUAAAGAUGCCCAGCAUGGCUGCCCUGCUCUAAUGCUGUCACCAUUCAUUUAUAGUCCUAAAUCUGUGAAAAAGUAGUCUCUCCCUUCCAAAAUAGCAUAUAUGUUAUUCUAACUGAACUGAACUGCAUACAAUCCUGCCACUGGUGAGGAGGACCCCAGUUAUAUUUCACUGUGGUAAAAUAUAUGUAACACAAAUCUGCAUAGUUCAAAGAUGAAAAUCAGUUUUCUUCUUGUUUCAGAUAUAUAGAUCAGUAUAAAUGUAGGCAAUUAAAAGAUUAUAACUAUAUUUAGAUUUCAUUUCCAGUAAUCUAAAUGGCAAAAGAUUUUAGGAAUGAACCAUUGUAUUUAUUUUGCCAUGUAUUACUAAUAAUACUUAAAUUAUUGACUUACUUUAUAAAUUAUUUUUCUUAUUUUGUUUAAAACAAAAACUGCAUGGUUUCUCCAAUAAUGAAGAUAAAAAUCAGUGUAAAUGAUUCUGUCAGUUCAGAUGCUUUUAGGGCACAUCUUUGCAUAUAAUGAACUUUACAUAUAUAAUGAACUUUUAGGGCACAUCUUUGCAUAUAAUGAACUUUACAUAUGUUUUGCCUUUAUUAGGAUUGAAAUGCUGAUGGCCAGAGAGCCUAGUUUGCAGUCUUGCUCACCAUCUUUCUGCCUACCUCAACUCCUGUUGUCUUGGGAUAGUCUGUAUGAUGAUCCCUUCUGAUGCACUAGACUUCUGUCCCAAUGACAUCUUUACAUUCCAGUAAUUUCUGCUCCUGCACCUUGUGCAUUAGCCAUACUCAGUUUCUCUUUCUAAAAUCUUAAGUUUCAGUAACUGAUAACAAUUCUCCGCUUUUCAGCUUUUAAAAUUUCCUUGUUUUUAUUGGUUUCUCUCUAUUUUUAUUCUACAGCUUUUAUCCUUUUUAUAGGUUUCUUUCUUGACUGUUCUUCUGACUCUUAGUGAGCCUCUUUCAUGCUUUCUUUGCCCUGCAUUUCAUGGGACGUCAUCUGAACUACUCUCCCCCAUUAUUUCCUCUUCUGUCUUAUCUGGUAGUGUUGUCCUUAGCUGGCUUUCAACACUGUAUUAAUCUUCCAUCAGCUGUUUAUUCUUAGGAGACUUAGUUAUGUGGAAGGCAUGUAGUCUUUCAGAGUGUGUUUCUACAUGCGUGACUUCACUUAGAAGAAUGUUGACUGUAAGCAACGAAGGUGCCUGUCCUUUCCCCCUGUGGCAGAGUCAAAUUCAUUAGUCACCUCUGCUGCUGUUCUUUUAAAUUCUGAAGGAGUCAACUUAUAUUUACUCAUUUUUCCGUUUUAAAGAAAAAUAGGUUGCCUAUUUCUUGAUGACCAAUCUUUUCUAGUUCCUUGUUUUCUUGUUGUUUCUCACUUUCUGUCUUCAUGUAAGUUCUGUUCUUUCUCUUUCUUGCUUUUUACUCCAAAUGCUCAUGCUAAAGAAUAUCUUUCACAGCCAUUUGGCUUGCAGUGCCCAUAAUAUCAGGCUGAUUUCCCUGCCAGGAACUUGAGCCCCAGUCUCCUUGCUUCCUCUGAAGUUUAUUUCCAGCUGCCUAUUAAAUACUGACUGCACAAAAAAAAAAAAAAAAAAAAAAAAAAAUACUGACUGCACAGUAAUUUUAAGUUCAGUAUGAGCAAAAGACAGAUACUUCAUUUUUAAUGGAAAAUCUUCUCUGCUUCACUCCCCCGCCCCGCAGUUUUGUGUAGUUUUUCAGGAAGAGAAACAGAAGGUUUACCUUCCCAGCCUCAUUUCUAUACUCACUCUGAUUUGUCUUCUAGAUCAAUAUUUUUUCAAACAUCAAAAUUACAGGCUCCUUUUUGAUCAACAAAAUUCUGAAUAGGCAAUGGUAGCUAGGGGAGAUUCCUCCAUCCCUGCUUCAACUCCUGGCAUAUCUUUAUAAAACCAAGAUUUUUAUGUUUCCUAGCAUUUUAGCAAGUUUUAUUAUGAAAAUACUUUGGCUUUCUAAAACUAAAUAAUCUUUAAUGUGAUUUUUAGAAGCACAGACUUUUUCAGUGGGUCAUAGUCAAUUAAUCAAGUUCUUCCAGUACUUUCCCAAUGCACUUAUGUGUAGACACCAUUAUUUCCAGGCCUUUCUUUGUGGUCAGGUAAAUAAUUUACUUGUAUGAUGUACUUUUAGUAAUACUGUGUGUCCAGAGGCUGUUUUCAGCCCUUUCCAGUAGAGAUUAUAUAUUCCUUCAUAUUUUCUGUCUUCCUUUUCCCACAUUACCACAGCACAAUGUGUUGUAAUUAUUUUUCUUACUAUUAAAUGAACUUCAUAUCUUAAAAUUUUACCUUUGCACAUACUGUUCAUUGCAUGGUAGGUAGUUAUGUUUUUUGAAUUAAUGAGGCAUGAUUUGAAAUGCCAAAUUUUGCACAAAAGCGUUGCUGCUAUUGCAUUCCAAACUGCCAUGCCCUCUAUACCAGUGGUUCAUACAUCAAAAAGGAAGAUAUAUUCCUCAGAAGAGUAAAGUGUUACUUGGAUACUAAACCUGAGAAAACAAGACCUUGUCUUCAGAAGCUGAGAACUUCAUGUUUUGCCUUUAUUACCUUUGUGGACUCACUGGUUGGUACAAUUAUGAGGGUAUUCUUGGGUGCUUUUGUAUAAUUUACUCCCUCCCCCAAACAAUUGGAGAACAAUUUGUAGACCAUAAUAGUUGCAGUACUUUUUACUGUGGUAUUAUAAAUGAACAACACAUUUUGUAUUCAUUUAAUCUUGAUGAGUAAAUUCUUUUAUGUAGAAUGAAGUAACCUCAAAAUACCAAAUAUUCCACAUAUGGACAAUAGUUAAGCCUCCAAUCGAUUUUUUCAACAACUGUUGUAUGCCUACUACAUGCCAUGUCUUGUCCUAGGCACCCAGGAUAUAGCUUUGGAAACACUAUCAUCCAUCAGUGGAUGAGGAAUAUACAGCAUGUCAAGGGAUAAUGCUUUUGAGCAUGAGGUAGGGUGUAAGGGACAAGUGUGACUUGGAGAUGGGUGCUGUUUUAUUUAGAGUGAUGAGAACGGCACAUCUAAGCACCUGUCUUCAAUUUCCAUCCUGUUAUUUAGAUACCUUGUAUAUUCAGUACCCUCAAAGAUUUUCUUAGGGAAUUCACCACCUACAACCUUCUCACUUUUGCUGCCUUGAAUGGACUUCUUAUCAGUGGCAUUCCUAAUGUCUACUGCCUAAAGGCCUUGGCAUUUUAUUCAUUCCAAGUAGUUUUCCUACUACCUUCCAGUUCCCUUUUCUGUCUUCUGUCCACAGAAGCCAAACUCUGUAGUUUCUUUAAUAUCACUUCCAUAUAUAUUUAGAACACAAUAUGAGGUAACAUAGUUUGGGAAUAUUACAUUAAGAGGUACUUAAUAUGUCACAAUUAAUGUAUACAUUAUUCAGGCUGAUGUUCAGUGGGUUUUGUUUUCCUACUUCUAGUGAAAAAUCACUUUAUCUUCAGUUGGAAUUCGCUGCUAUUUACUAAGAUGUAAAAUGCUAUAGGAUUUCCCAUAAUCCUUAAAUGUUUAUCCUUAAAUGUAUGAAUUUUCUGAUAUGGAUCGGGCUGUGAGACUUGAAUGUGAGUUUGAGGCCAGCCUGGUCUACAAAGGAAGUUUCAGGACAGCUAGGGCUAUUACACAGAAACCCUGUGUCAUAAAACAAAAACAACAACAACAAAAAGACUAAGAGACUGUCUCUUACUAUGAUUAUAGGCUUUUUGGCUACUGUGUAUUAUUUGGUGUUAAGGCACAUAUGGCAUUCCCUUGUCUUUUGCAUACAGUAGAGUGAGGUAAGAGUCAUGACUAAAAGCCCACCAUAAAGUUACAUUCCUGGUGUUACAGCCUUGCUGUCAGUGCUCUGAUCUUCAUUAAAAUGUAUGAGCUGUGUGUGAAGUUGUUGUCUGACUUAUUCAUGACACUUUAAAAACCCACUGCUACUAACAUGGUCUGCUUUAGAUUGCUUGUAUCCUUGGUCCGUCUUUUAGGGUCCCUUUUGUAACUAUGAGGAUAACCCAUCUGCCACAGAAUCCAGGAUUCCAUAGUUCUCUAGUAUUACUUACCCUGAGUUCUUUUAAUAUAAAAUGAAAUACAUUAUGGAAGUAUUAUAUUAACAUAAGCUUAAUAUAGCCGGAAUUAAAAGUAUUCAUUAUAUACUUAUGCUGGUGUUGAGUAGUUUUGUUUUUGCGAUUUUUAGUGACAUUUUCCAACUACAGUGUUUUGGAACAUGAUUAAUAAAAUAAAACCAUAUUCCUGUACUUGUUUCUUGUUUUCUUUUAUAUUUUAUUCUUGCAUCAGAAUAAAAACAUUUCCUCUCA